UCUGCAUAGUUAUCAAACCGCUAUUAUCUAGAUUAUUCCUUUUUUUUUGUGUGUGUGAGAAUAAUAAUUGUUUAUCCUAAGUCUUGAUUAAAGAAAAAUAGUUUUUCUGUGUUUAAAUCGAAAAAUUAUUAUUUCUGUAUUUUUAGAUAUUAAGAAAAAAAAAAUUCUUUCAAAGUUCGCUGUCAACUGUUAUUAAAAAAAGUGUACACAAUUAGUGUUGUAUUUUGCUUUUGUGAAAAUUACCUUGUUUGUAAUAUCCUAAGUAUAAUUAAAAAUGCCACAGGGAAAACGAAAAGUUCCUUUUAGUGCCAAACAGAAGAAGUUACAACUUCAGCAGAAGAGGGAAAGAAAGUUAGCUUCAAAGGAUCCUACAAUAGUUUCAAGCUUAAGUUCCCAGAGAAGCAGUUUAGAGGAUGUUGAUGUAAUCAAUGAACAACCAACCACUAGUGGAAAGCGUAAUCCAAACAGAUAUCGUCUUGUUUUCAAAAAAGAAAAGAAUGAAGAUGUUAAGCAAAGGCUACUUUUAGCUAAAGAACCAUUUGAUCCAGUACCAGAGGAGACAUUGGAAGUUUCGUAUGAAGAUGUGUUCACUGAAGGCUCCGAACUUGAUAUGCCAAAGCGCCCACCUUGGGACUUUUCCCUUUCUAAAGAAGAGUUGGAAAUGAGAGAGCAAAAAUAUUUUAGGGAAUACAUUGCUAAUUUAGAAGCAAAAUUUGGGGACGAAGAUUUAAGUCAUUUUGAAAUGAAUUUGGAAACAUGGCGCCAAUUAUGGAGAGUUGUUGAAUUUUCUGAUAUUGUUUUACAAGUUAUAGAUAUAAGAUAUCCUGUUUAUCACUUUUCUCCUGCCUUGUAUGAUUAUGUUAUUAAGGAUUUAAAGAAAAAUAUGAUUCUGGUCCUCAAUAAAGUUGACUUAGUUCCUGCUCCCUUGGUUUUGGCUUGGCAAGAAUAUUUCAAGAAACACUUUCCAAUGCUCAAGGUUAUGUGCUUUGCAUCAUAUGCUGGUAUGAUUCUGAAAGAAGGAAAAAGAGGUCGCAGAAUUGGGAAUUUACAUAUGGCUAUUACUGGUACUAAACAGCUCUUGCAUUUAUGCGAAGAUAUUGUUGGAGAACAAGUAAAUUUGUCCAGUUGGAAGGAGAAAAUCAGUGCCGAAGCAGCACAGAUCGGAUCAAGUGGAGAUACGUAUUUGGAUAGCGAAUCUGAAAUUGAUAGUGAGGAUGAGGGCAAACACAUCAAAGCUUCAGAAGUUCUCAGUGAGAAGAAUGAUACCAGUUAUUAUGAAGGGGAACGUUACAAAGACAGUAUUCUCACAAUUGGAUUUGUAGGCCAUCCAAAUGUUGGGAAGUCUUCCUUUUUAAAUGCUGUCUGUGGUAAAAAGGUUGUUAGUGUAUCCAGGACUCCUGGGCAUACAAAGCAUUUUCAGACGAUAAUGCUUACUAAAAAUGUGAGGCUGUGUGAUUGUCCAGGAUUAGUGUUUCCUUCCUUAGUUCCUAAACCUAUUCAAGUUCUUAUGGGUUGCUAUCCAAUUUCUCAGCUACGUGAACCCUAUUCUGCAAUCACAUAUUUAGGUCAAAGAGUUCAACUUCCCCAAGUUUUAAAAAUUAGACAUCCUGAAUUGGAGUAUUUUGAAUCUGCAGAAGAAGUAAAAUGGUCUGCUUAUGACAUCUGUGAAGCAUGGGCGAUUAAAAGAGGUUUCCGAACAGCCAGAACAGCUAGGCCUGAUGUUUAUCGAGCAGCUAAUAACAUUCUUAGAAUGGCAUUGGACGGUCGCACCAUAUGCUUAGCUUUUUAUCCACCAAAUUAUACAAAGGAAAAAGCUGCAUGGGCAGAACAUCCUGGUUUAGGGGAAAUCCUUGCAGUUCAAGCGUAUCGAAGAAAAAACUCAGAUGACAACCAAGACACAUUUAGCAUCUCUUCAGAAUUGAACUCUUUGAAAAUGAGCGAGGACAUCGAGGAUUACUGUGAUUCUGAAUCGGAGGACGAUGAUGAUUCCAGGAAUGAUGAAGCUGACAGUGAAGAUAGUGCCGGUGCUCCAACAUCUGGGAACAAGUUUGAUCUUCUUGGAGAGGAGGUCAAUUGCUAAAAAAAAAAUAAUAAUAAAUAAAUAUUUGAUUCCCUUUUACAACAAAAGAACAUAUCUAAUAAAAAAAAUUAUGUUUCCAUUUUGACUUUCACAAUUAUGUAGCUCAUUAAAAUUUAAAGAGAGAUAUAUAUUUACAAUAUUCUAUUUUAUUGUCAUUUAAUAAUUUACCACUUGCUUUGAAAGAGUAGAAAUGAUGCAUAUGAAACAAAGUUUUUGUAGGAAUUGAAUCAUAGAUGCUUAUUUAUUCAAUAUUUCUAGUCAGAUACAUGCAGUUAAUAGAUCUUCAGAUUUUUGCUCUUGAAAAAUAAAAUUUUAUGCAAGUAUAAAUUUACAUUUUUUUUUUAAAUUCUAAUAUAAAUUUGUACUUAAAAUUUUGUAAGUCUGUGUUUGUAAGUAUUAAAAAUUCAGUAAUACUUAUGGUAAAGGAAGAUUUGUAAUAUUACAGGAUUAUUUAUGACUUGCAGUUUUUUGCAUUCAUUAUAUUUGAGUUUUUAAUGCUUUGUUCAACAUGAAUUUCUUAUAUUAAGAAAUUUAUAAUUUACUGGAAAGGUAAAAAUGUUAUGGGAACUUGUGUACUUUGCAUUUAAUAAUUUCUCAGGAAUGUUUCAUUUUGUUAUGUGUUAAAUAGUAUAUGUUCAAAUGUAAUCAUUUUUCUGUAUAUGUAAUGUGCCUGCUAUGUUAUUCUAUUAAAAAUAAUAUAUUUUAUGAAUAAACAAUCAAAUAAUCAUAAAGUUAGACUAUUUACAUGAAAUAAAAUGUAAUGCUAUUCUCUUAACCAAAAGUGCUGUAAACUUCUAAAAUUAGUUUACAUAAAAAUAUAUUUAAUGCUUAUCUAUGUAAAGGUAUUUUUGGAUAUUAAUGAAUGUACAAUGAACAGAUAUAAAAUGCAGUUGAAAGUAAGACAAUCCACAUAUUGAUGGAAUUGGCUAUGACUUUUUUUCUUUUUAAACUUCUUUUUUUAAUCAUUUUUGUUUCUUUCUCCUACUGUUAUAUGUUUAGUAAACAAUGAUAUAUAAAUUAAAUAGUUAAAUUUUCAAAAACAUUUUAAUAAAUAUGAUGCAAUAUAUAUAUUUUGGAAAAAGUAUUGUGUGUUAAUAUUAUGCAAAAUUCUCUUGGGCUUUUUGUUCAGUUAAUUGAUGUUGUGCAUGACGAUUAAUUGAAAGGCUAAAUGAUUCCAUUAGUAAAAAUUCAGCUUUUUUUUAUUACCUUUUUUAACUCAUAAAAAUGAAUUAACGAUUUAAAAUAGAAUUAUGACAUUUCUUUUCACUUAAUUUUUGAUGUAUUGCUUAUACUUGUGUUUGCUAUUUAACAUGCAGCAAAUAAUAUUAUGUGCCUGAAAAUAGCAAUUUGUUAAACAAGGGUAUUCAGUGUUAUGAAUGUUAAAAGUUAACAAUUUUACGAUAUGAAUAUUUAUAUUAUUUUUGCUUCAUUUCAUAAUAUGAAUCAAGUUAGAUUGUUGUAAAAUGUAUGUAAGAAAAUUUACAAUAUAUAGUUGCUAACAUUAAUAGAAGAUAUUUUAGACUAUUUUGUUUAUCGAGAUUUACUUAAAUUCAUACAUUACUGUUUGUUCUUUAUCCCUAUUCUCUUGUUUGAAAUGAAAACUGUCGAAAACAAUGUUAUCUACACCUCUGUACAUU